UGUUGCAGAAUGCACGUUCGGCAAGCAGAUACGGGAACUGGGCUCCACCUGGUUCGCGGAUUUAGGCCCGCCCUUUGGAGUCAUGUACUGCAUCAAAUGCGAAUGCAUUCCGGUGCAAAAGAAACGGCGAAUCGUCGCGAGGGUUCAUUGUCGUAACAUCAAAAACGAAUGUCCGGAACUCACGUGUAAAGAGCCAGUUCUUCUUCCAGGCCGAUGCUGCAAAUCUUGCCCGGGAGAUUUCAAUUUUGGGACACUUUUAACCGGUAAAACAUCUCAGGUACUACGUCGCGAUGAACCCAACCCGACCUCGAUGUACAACAGUGCCUACAACUAUUUGGCUACAGGGCGUUUCACAUUUCACCGGAAAAAUCUCUAUUAUUCGUUUUAUUUGUCAACGUUCACUCCUCGCCCGAGGAGUAUACAGUUUAUCGACGGAUCAGGAAGCAUUCUGGAGGAACAGACGAUCGAUCCAAUCGGCGGAGUGUAUCAAAAUGCAACGGGGAAGCUGUGUGGAGUAUGGAGAAGGGUUCCCCGAGAUUAUCGGAAACUGUUGCGCGAGGAGCGUUUGCACGUGUCCUUUAUAUGGGAGCCAUCGGCCACCUUGACUGGACAAUUGUCCCGUUAUCGUACUUUAUCCACGGAGCAAUACACCUCUUUGUUGGAGCCCACAAUGGGCGUGGAUCGCUCGUUGAUGUCAGGUGCAGGAGCCACCGCCAUAGUUUCAGCGUCCUCAGCGUCAGCACCAUCUAUCCACGUGUCAUUGGUGUUCAAUGGCGUUUUCCUGCCCAAUGAUGUCUCCGAAGUACCGUUAAUAGUCCAAUUAGAACAUGUGGAAAAGGAUUACGUGGUUCUGCGAGAAGAGAUCAUUGUGAAGAAGCCCUCGAACGAGUUGAACUUCGGGGAAGUCCGGAGUGCCUUGUCCGGGGCGGAUCUCCGUUUGUUGACACGAGGGAAACUGUCGAUUAGCAUAAUGUCGAGAAAGGAUCCUCAGGCGCUUCGAUUAGCCGGAAUAGUGGGCCCACGUGCAAACUGCGAGAUGUAUCAGACUUUACUGCUUUCAGAGACACCCUCGGCAGCUUCUGGACUAGCUUGGGCGUUCUUGGACCGUGCUGGUUCAUUGCGUUACGGUGUUCAACUAAUAGGUCUGGAGAAAGAAAGUCCUUUAGUGACUUUGGUGGACGAAGGUGGUAAACGUCGCACUGAGUUGGAAGACCUGACACCUUAUCUUUCCGAGGGCGUAGCUAAUGACUCGUUGAAGCAUCCAGGGCCACGUUUCCUCGAACCUCUGUUCAAUGGAGAACUUGCAGUUGUUGCUGCCUCGCACGUUGGAUCCAUGUUGCGUGGCCGACUGUUACAAAGACCUGUGGCCGAUGCCAGGGACACUGCUGCUCCUGUUUUGCUCAGAAGACUGUCCCAGGAACCUGUACACCCUGGUCCAGUUGGUCUGGUCUGGACAGCCGUUGAUCUAGACUGUUCCUUGCAUUACGAACUUGAAAUUGCUGGCUUUUCUCAAACGUCUUCCACGAACAACCACGAACCACGCACCUUCCGACUUUAUCUGGAAACGAUGCCCUUAGUAGUUCAAGGAGCACCUGUUGCUAGGAGAUUAUUGGAAGAGUUCACUGGAUAUAUUUUGGAAGGUUCCGUCACCGGACUAUCACCAAUGGAACUAUACAGAAUUGAAUCUGGCAUUGGUUUUCUCGAGGUGACCGACAAACAGGCCGAAAGGAUUCUGAAAGCUCCGUUCAAGGCCAGGGCGCCUCUCAAUUGUCUUCCUCAUUAUGCGGAUAACGACGUUGCCUCGGUCGUCGCCUAUAAUCUUCAGCCACCUAAGUCAGAUAUUGAAACUGGAGCGUGUUUCCACGAGACAAGGUUCUACGAAGAGGGUACUCAGUGGACGUCCAGCACGGAUCCGUGCUACAUGUGUCAUUGUUACCGUGGACUGCCACAGUGCGAUCCAAUACCCUGUCCAGUUCUCACCUGCGCCGAGGGCAAGCAAUUGAAGCCCCCUCCUGGUCACUGCUGUCCUCUUUGUUCAACUCCAGGAAUUAACAUGAACGCAACUGGAAAGAAUAUCAGCACGGUGACAAGAAGUUGCACACUGGCUGGCCAGUUCCAUUUACCGGGAGCAUCGUGGCAUCCAUAUUUGCCCCCAAUGGGAUUUGAUACUUGCACAGUUUGCACGUGUGACCAUGUCACGCUAGAGGUGAAAUGCCCGCGGGUACAGUGCCCGCCAUUGGACUGCGAUGAGAAGUUCGCCUUUAGAUCCGGUAAGAAGGCAUGUUGCAGACAAUGUCCGGCGACGACGCCUAGCCCGGCGAUCGCGGGCGAUACAACGCGUUUGCCGCGGGAUCAGGCGGCGCUAUCCACCAAACGCACCGCCGAGGAAAUACUGGCUUCCGGCGGCUGCAAGUACCCUCUCGGUGGUCCGUACGAGAACGGUAUGGAAUGGCAUCCACGAAUUCACUCGCACGGGGAAAUUAAGUGCGUCAAGUGCAGAUGCAAGAACGGCGAGGUCAGGUGUGACAGGAAACGAUGUCCACGGACGCUGUGCAACACAAUUGCCCACCAAAUGAAACGUGGUGAAUACGUGGUGGACAGCGACGACUGUUGCACGGUCCAGUGUCGUCGGGCGAGGCGUCAUCAUCGGAACAAUCAUCAUUCGGCUCGGCAUUCCGUGACGCCGCGCGAGCUUAGCUGAGUAGUUCCAGUUGCUGCUGCCGAGCUUCUUCUUCCUUUCAGACAAUACGUCUCGGUCCACGGUAAUGUUUCUGGACCUUGUUUCUCUCUAGUAAUCAUCAAUUGGCCAUGCCGUAGCCGUCGUUAUCGUCGACUACAUUUCGACUUCGUUCUAAAGCAACCAGGAAGCUGCGAGAAUGUAACGGGAGUGAAAUCUCUGAUGUCGCAGAGAUAUGUAUAUGUUCGAAUGACGAAGCACGCAUCAAGGGAAUUCAAACAGAUGGUUUCUACAAUCUGCCAGAGCAUCAUCGAUUGAAUUAGAUUAUUCAGAAAUAAAUACCGUUUGAAAUAUAUCGACGCCGCGGCGAAAUGAUGUCGAAUAAUAUGUGGACAGAAUUAUAUUAUUGGGCAAGCGAGACUAUUCAAUUCACGACGAGUGAAGACGAGAUUAAACCAGGCCAUCUGGGUGAAACAAAAGAAGCACAGAGAUACUUCGACUUUGUCAUUGAAUGAUCAUCCGAAAGAAAUAUUCUGAGAGAGAAAAAGAAGAAGAAUCUCUGAAGAAACGAUUGAUGCUUGCUUCGAAUUCGAGAACGAUAAAUAGCAGCCGGAAGAUAGUGAUCAAUAACACAGAAAGAUUCGCUGCUAGGAUGAUCGGUAGUCGCAACAGGAAGGUAGUCAUCAUCAUCAUAAUAACGCCAAGCAUGGCAAAAGAGGAAGAAACGUGGAUCGUUCUCAUCAGACACUAUUCUUACAUUCUCGUUGCUUGCUUGGAGUCAUUCGCUAUGGAGUCCCUUGUAGCACCCACAACCAGACAUUUAUUAAUCAAUUGGCUCUCAUCAACGGAUCAACGGACCGGAAGCCAAUUUUCUCUUUAUAUUCGAGUGAUGCAUACAUAUGCAACGUAUGCAUCUACAUUCGUAUAUAUAUAUAUGUACAUAUGUGUAUGUAUUCAAUAGCUAUAUCGGGGACAGAAACUAGAAGAAGCGAAACAAAGAGAUGAAGAUGAAAAAAGAGACGAACCGGGAAAGAGUUUAUUAUUAUUUAUCUCUUUUUUUGGAUUUCAACUUCAAGUUCCAUCCCUUUUCCAUUUUCCGUCUUCCAUAAAUUUCUCGCCAUUUAGUUUCUCUAUUAAUUCUGACACGUCCUUUCAAAGUGAAUAACACUUUGACUUGAUGUGAUUUUUCCUCCAACUUCUUCUUAAUGCUAUAUUUUCAAUCUUCUAUGACUACGUUCUCUAAUUCUGUAUUUCUUUAAUAUAUAAUUCAUCAAAUUAACAUUCUUAAUCUUUCGUUUGCGUUCUCUUUGCACUUUUGAGCUUAGGAUGUCCUUUCUCUAAUGUUUUAGGUUUUUUUCACCUCUAACCUGAUCCGACCUUUGACAGGAUGCGAGCUCGUUUCCGGUCUGCUGCUUUGACUUCUCGAGAGAGUUAUUUUUAUUAUUAUUUUUAUAAUCAAGCAUUCGAAAAGUCCUCGCUUCGCUAGGUCCAAUUUUUCUUUUCUUAAAAAGGAAGUUGACUUCUGGGGAAAGUUGAAUGUCGUGGCGGUAAUAUAGAGCCCUACCGUACCCACCAAUCUCACCAAGUUACCCAACAACCAAAGAAGACUGAAGAACCUCCGAUGGUGGCAUCAGUUAUCAUUUUAGCGCGCAAACACGCUAAGGUUUAUAUCACACUCUAAUAACUCCAUUCAACUUAUUACUACUGUAAUAUUAUUAUUAAUAUUAACAUCUAUAUUAACGUCGUUAAUAUUAUGGAUCAUUAUUCAUAUUUCGUAUCACUAUUGUAUCACUGUUCAUCUUCAUCGUUUCGAAUUCAUUAAGUUCAUCAUCAUUGAAGAUUUGUCUUUGUUACAACUGUCAUCAUUAUCAUUAUUAUAAUUAUAAUAAUAAUUAUUAUUAUCAUCAUUAUCAUCAUCAUCGUC